AGAAAAGUGCGUUGUGGAGUUGAAGUCGAUUGUGUACGCUGCCGACAAGCAUGUGUAAACAGUUGAGAUUUGAUAUCCUUCGAGAACGGUCGUGUGGUGACAUAUGUGCUGCACAAGCAAGAUUUUUAUGAGUUCGUUAUUCGUAUCGUUUUAAUUUUUCGUUUUGUUUUCAUGUGUAUGUGUCAGAAAACUAGCAACGAUUUUUUUACGCCUUGUAUAUCUUUGCAACGCUUGAUAGUUUUUUGUUUAAGAUUCUUUGGGCUAUACCGAGUUUCAGUGUUAAAAUACAUAUGUGCACAUUUUACAUUUUUCGAGCGAUUUAAAUUCGAAUUUCACGGACAGAGAAGAAAAAGUUGAAAACAACAAUUAUGGGCCACGAGUGAAAGAAAGAGAUCGGAGAUUUAGAACAGUUUCUUGUUGUUGAGCCGAAAAAGAAGACAAAACUAUUAAUAAAUUAGAUACACAUUUCGGAGCCGAAGUAAAGUGCAUUUUUUCGAUAGUCCGAGUGGAAUCCGGUGGUGAUGAAUGUGAUUGAUAUCAUUUAAGUCAGUGCCAUAAAUUCCAACAUUUGAACUGGAUUUCGAAUUAAAUCAUCUAAAAUUGGAACUGAAGGCAAAAUCAUUUAAAGCUACAAAUCAUAGUGAAACGAUUGCGAUUCGUAAAACAAUUAAAAACAUUCAAUUCAAAUAGUCAUCGAAUUAAGACUUUCAAUUGAGACCUCAGAAUUGCUUAUAAGAAAGAGUCCGCCGUUCGAAGUGAAUUACGAAAGAAAAAUUGAGGUAAAAUGAAAUUGUGAGAGGAUUUUACUGUAAGGAAGUGAAUUGAUCACACGCGUGCGAUCCUCAAGCUAGAUCUGAUAGCUGAUAAGCAAUAAAGCUACUGUCGUGUCUGUGGAAGCGAGUUAAAAAUCUUUGAUUAUGUGUAGUCGAUCGGUGUCGGAGUUGUUGUCGCCAUCGUUGUCGUCAUCGUCAAGUGCAAACUUUAAAUUUCCUAUUUAUUUACUGAUCCUAUUGACGAGCGUUCAGUUGAUCGAUGCAUUUUGCGACAAACACCAGUGGUGGCAAGAGCAACUUGAUGAAUGUAUCCCGUGCACAGUGUGCGACGCAAGUAAAUCGAUCGUAUUGAGACCCUGUCAAAAACAUUCGGACACCGUCUGCGGAACACUUGACGACGUCGAACUGGAACUGGACUGGAUAAAAGCUGCUGCAGUCUCUGCUCAUCACAAACAAGUUGAAGAACAUCAGCAUUUGGGAGUCAUUGAAAAAUCAACGGCCACAAUGUUAAUGUGGGACUGGCAAUCGUUAUCGCUUGCUUUGGCUGGCUUAAUGUGUUUACUCUUUUUCAUUGUCGCCGCUUGCAUCUACUGGCAACACUCACACUAUUGGAAAAAAUUGGAACAAAUGGAACGGAGAUAUAACGCAGAAGCGGAAGAGUUAUCAUCUCGCUUAAUGCACACGAUUAUCGACAUUCGAAAUGAUGACAGCGGACGAGUUGUGCUUGAAGAAGCCAAACGAGAUAAAAUCACGAAUCCAUUCGAUUUGCAGUGCAUUUACUUCGAAGAGUUACUAAAUAAUGAUGGCACGAAUCGAGCGCCAGUGCCGAAGCCGUUGAUCAAAACCAACCCGAAGAAGCAUCAACCAAUCGAAUCAAAGGUCGAUCUCAAACAAAAGGUGGAAUGCGAAACGAAUACAAUCAAAGAGCGACCGAUCGAAGAUGAAACCGUACAAAAGCAAGGUCGUGGCAACUGCUACACCGAACCAAUGCACCAGAAUAAUUGUGUCACAUCAGAAUUGUACAUGCUUACAUGAAAAUGAGUCGCUCAUACAAUUUUGUUUGUAAAAUUGUCGUUCCGGAGCUGAGCAAGUGAAAUGGCAACAGAAACAAAGUAAAAACAAAUUCUGAACUAAGGAGCCUCGUUGUAUAUUUUAGCGUCCAUGUAUUCGAAAGAAGCGUACCAAAUAAAUACUAUGUAAAAUAUAAUCAUAUUGUACAAAACAAAAAAUGCAAAUCACAGAUUUCCUUUCAUAAUAAUUUUAUAAAACAUAUAUGUGCAAACAGAGAGAAAAACCAACAAAUGCUUGACAAAAAGUAUUAUUAGAACGAUAGAGUUAAUGUUAUUUUGUAAAAUUUAUAAGUGGAAAAUAAAAAUUUUGGUGUAUUUUUAAAAUGAACAAAAUAGAAA